CAUGCUCGCAUCAGCAUGUUGUCUUUUCUGAGCCUCCUGAUUCUCGCCCUUACAGUUGUUCAGAGUCAGCCCGACACGAACUCUCCUCCAUCUAAAGAGUUUAUAGCCUCAAAGGCGCAUCGAAUGGAACUGUUGCUGCUGGACAGGGAGCUGAACUCAAACCUCGAGGAAUAUAUUGAGGAGUUGCAGAGCAAAAUCGAAGUGUUGCAGCGAUUUGCAGAGAUGUUUCGGACACCACUCGAGGAGGCAAAGGGCAGGGAGGAGGAGUACCUAUCGAAUCCGCUGCACAGUUUCCGACUCAUUCGCCACAUGCACGAGGACUGGCGGCAUGUAGAGAAGUUUAUGAGGCAACCUGUGGGGAAAAAUCAAAUUAAAUUUAUCAAAGGAAAGGCAAAGGAAUUUCCAUUAAAAGAGGAUGCUGAGGAGGCCACGGAGGCCUUUUAUCGGAUAAUUCGCACCUAUGAUGUGCGGGGAGAGGAUCUCGUCCAUGGGCUAAUCGAUGGCGUGCGGUACAAUGGCAGCAUUUCAGCCAUCGACUUCUACUCUCUUGGAGCGUUGCACUUCCAGUGGGGUGAAUACGACAAGGCCGCACAGUUUCUAUCCUUCUGCUUGGAUCUGGUAGAACCCGAGUACCAUUCGAUGUACAACGUGUUGGGAUUUGCCUCGAGCGAAGUAUUCCUGCUACUGGCCCGCUGCUUCAUGGAGAUGGAUCAGGAGGAGUACGCUCGACGCACACUGAUGUCCCACCCCGAUCUGGCGGAGCAUUCGGAGCCUCUACUUAGCCUCUUCACAAAUAAGAAACACGCAAAACUCUCGGAGGAUUUGCAGCGCGCUCUACCCGAGGAAUUCAAUCAGAUCUGCCGCUCCUCCCAUCAGAAUAAACCCUCCCGCCUGCACUGUCGCUACAAUGCCACAAGCUCUCCCUUCCUGCGACUGGCGCCCCUGCGGAUGGAGGAGCUGUCGCUGGAUCCUUACAUCGUGGUCUACCACAAUGUCCUCUCCGAUGCGGAAAUAGCGGAAAUUAAACGCAUUGGAGAGCCGCUACUGAUCCGCGCUGGUUUGGGCAAGAAGAACACGAAUCAGAAUUACAAAGUGCGCACCGCACUGGGCGCUUGGAUGCCCGACGAUAAAAUGGACGCUUCCGGCUGGCCAGUGCUACAUCGUAUCUUCAGGCGCAUACGCGACAUGACCGGACUGAUCAUGAACAGUCAUCAGUUCUUGCAGCUGAUAAAAUACGGUUUCGGUGGCCACUACGAUCGCCAUUUUGACUUCAUUAAUGGCUCCUUUCCGAUCACCCAGGGUGACCGCAUGGCCACUGUCCUCUUCUAUCUCAGCGAUGCGCGGCACGGCGGCUCCACCAUCUUUACCCAUCUAAAGCUGAAGGUUCCAGCGGAGCGUGGCAAAGUCCUCUUCUGGUACAACAUGCGUGGGGAGACGCACGAUUUGGACACUCGAACCAUUCAUGGUGCUUGCCCCGUCAUCGAUGGCACCAAAACGGUCCUGUCCUGCUGGAUACACGAGUUUGAUCAAAUGUUCAUACAGCCCACCUAUCGCCCAGGUGGGAGAGUAUUUCCAUAUUCACCCACAGAAGGCUAGAAAGAGAGUGCAAUU